GUUCCACAACACACAAUCCACAACCCACAACCCACAAUCAAUCAACAGCCCACAGCCAAUAAGCUUGCCAUCACGAUGACGAGUCCUCUAUCAUCUCCACCAUCUGUUGUACCUACUAGUAGCAGCAACAUUCGCGUCUUGACAUUCAAUGUUCGAGGGUCCUUUCAUCGACAGGAUGGUCCCAACGUGUGGAACAAUCGAAAAGAAUUGAACCUGAAGACCAUUCAAGCAUGUGAUCCCGACAUUAUUGGGUUCCAAGAAGUCCAAUCAGGAAACUUCCAAUACUACGACGAGUCUUUUCUAGCCCAAGACUACGAUCAUGUCAAAGGUCAUGCCUGCAAACGAACCAUGAAUUGGAAUCUCCAAGACUUGCAAGACUCGUGGUCAUCAUCAUCCAACCAUGUCUACAACUACGUCACCCGCAAUUUGGGAUCUUCGUCCGAUCAGGAUGAAUAUGUACCCAUUUAUUGGAAACGAAAUCGAUUCGAACUGAUACGACAUGGGUCUUUUUAUCUCAGUGAAACUCCAACCGUAGAGUCGAUUGGAUGGCAAUCCAAGUUGAUUCGAGCGGCUACCUGGGUCUGCCUACGGGACAAGCAAGAAUCUACAAAUAAUGCCGAGUGUAUCGUCUUGAAUACACACUUGCCACAUGAGCGACAUGAUGCAACCAGAACUGAAUGUGCAUGUGUGAUACUGCAACAACUGGCGGCCAUGUCCAGUACUCCACACCACAUUGUGCUGGGGGACUUCAACUGUCACGCAAGUAGUCCGGAGACGGAAGCGUAUGCUACCUUUCUAGAAAAUGGUUACCAAGAUACAGUUGUUGAGGACGAGAUACAGGAUGCGAACAAAAAAGCGUCGACACGCCAAAGACUUGAUACAUAUCACAACUUUAUGGGAGAAACAUGCCCCUUCAGUUUAGGAAGAAUUGAUUGGAUACUGAUCAAGAACAACAAUGACAGCGACAAAAAUAAUGGUAAGAGGAUUGAAAUUGUGCAAUCAGCUCGAAUCAUACGAGACUGUCAGCUGCCGCUGUACCCAAGUGAUCACUACCCAGUCGUUGCCGACUUGAAGCUGCAAUGAAUGCUAUUUAAAAGAUGAACUGUAAUGGAAUAUGUUGAUGUUCUAAGUUUUAAAAUGUAGCACUUGCUCAUGCAGUGUGGGUUGUGGAUG